AUGUCGUCCCAAAGCCAUGAAUGUCGUCUUCUUCCUGUUUGUUUUUGUAUUGAUGUUUUUUUCUCACUAAAGGUUUAAAUUUUCAGGUUGGUAAAACUAUUGAACUUCAAUCACGCAAAUGGAAAGUUGAAUCUUUAAUCAGUAGUGGACCUUUCUCAAGCGUAUAUCUGGUUAGUAUUAAUCAGAAAAUAAAAGUGAAAGAAGAAUAAAAAAAAAUUAAAGAAAAAUUGAGGUGGAGCAGGAUGGAAUGCCGUACGCUAUGAAAGUGGAGAAACAAGAUGGAUGCAUGCGACCCGUCCUCAAAGUAAGAGAAAAGAACUUAUGACCCAUCUUCCAAUUUUGGCCUGCUAUGAAGUGCGGGCGUUUACAAAACACGACCCAAAUAUAUUAAUAAACGACUGUUAUGCUCUAUCAAAAAAAUUAAUAAGAAAAAAACGGGAAUUUUUUUAUCGUUUCGUUUCAAAAAAACGUAUGGUGAUCAGUUAGUGCUGCUGCUUCUGAAUCGCCCUUUUUAAUAAAAAAAUAAUUUAAAAAAAUACAAAAAAAUUGAAAAAAAAGAGAAAAAGUUGAUUGAGAAACGCUCGUACUUUAUUAAUUAGCUAUGGAGCACAAGAAAAACUCAUUUUUUUUUCCAACUCAUCCUAAACCCAAAUGGCGCAGAACAAGUCCGCGCCUAACGGUCGGAUUUCAGAGGAAGUCGCACCGGUUGCAUUUUAUAAACGCCCAAAACAAUAAUCUGAUAUGCCAAAUUGUUUCAACAACUUAUUGAAGUGCCUAUUCUGACUACAGACUUGAUAUGAAUUUGAAUUUGAGCAGAAAGUGUCUUUUAAUUGUGCGCGCAUGAUUUAAAAAAUCAGAAUAUGAUAGAAUAAAAUUGGUAAAUUCUCAGACCUUUUCAUAAAAAGUGGGGGAUCCGGUGCUUUUAAGUGAUCACUAGAAAGCUUCUUUUUUACAGCUCGACCAUGCAGUCUUGUCGCGGUUAUCAGGCGUCGUCGGAUUCCCUCAGCUGGCGGCAAGCGGCCGCACCACAGAGUUCAAGUACGUCGUCAUGCAGCUGGUGCGUUUCUUCGAGUCCCCUCGAAGUUUUCCAGAUAAACGUUACGGAGAGUGAACAACAGGUGGGACCCGACAUUGCAACCUUGCUCCACAUGAUGCCGUCGAAACGGUUCUCUCAAUCCACCGUCUACAAGUAUGCUCUACAGACCCUUGAGCGUAUACGCGUGCUUCACGGUGCUGGUUGGCUCAAUAGGUAGGGCGAAUGUAGGCUAUUUUGCGAAUCAAUCUCCAAUUUUUUGAUGGUAAGAAUUGAAAUGAUGACGAAAUUUCCUAUGGAUGAGUAAAAAACAUGAUAGAUACUAGAGUCCUUUCGAUGACGCCACCUGUUCUUGCAGAGACCUCAAAACCCACAACUUCGCCGUGGGACUCGGCUCGGACAGUUCGACGGUCUACAUGCUGGACUUUGGCCUCACGCGACGAUACAGGUGAGGAGGAGAGAAAGUAAAAGAUGGCGUCUGUAGAGACGACAGCGGCACCCGCUUCCUUCUGAGAGGAUACGGACCCUGCGUCGGCACUUUUCCGUAUGCCCCUCUUGCAUCGGCUUCCUUCAUGGACCAGACUCCUGCCGACGACUUAGAAGGAUGGCUUUACAUGAUUGUCCAUUUGCUGCGAGGUUUCAAGAUUUUAUUAUUUUUUGAGGGAUAAAAUUAGGGUCCGCAAGCCAUUUCUUCAGAAUGAUUCAAAAAAUAUGUUUUUCACAUUGUUCGAUAGGGGAGACUGUCCAUUUUCAUAAUCCGUUUAGUUUUUUUGAAAAAAAGGUUCACUAAGAAAAAAAGUUAUGGCCAAAAAAACGAGCGCGCGCGGCGUACAACUGGAGGCAAAAUCUCACGGUUUACCCGCUGCCGCACGCUUUCUUUUUAAAUGUUUUUUUGCGCGUUUCUGGACCGUUUUUUUAAAUCGGUUUUCUGUUCUGAGAGGUUGUCCGAACUGAGCCUCAUGUUUUGGUAUGAAUCUUUUUGUACAAUCCUCAUAAGAAGUUUUGAUGAAAUAUCAAAAAAACUACCUAGAAAAAAAGGUCAAAAAGGAUUUUUUUUCAGCUUAUUUUUUUCUUUUUUUCUACUCAGAAAAAAAUUAUUAUCAUUCGAUUUGGAAAAAAAGAAAAAAAUGAAAAAAAUAAUGUUAUUUCGAAAUAAAACAGGAAAAAAAGUGCAAUUUGACUCCGAAAAACGGCUCCUGCGACAUUUAAAAGGGCGCAUCGGUGUGUUUGACGCAAACACUGCUACGGACACUUGCACGAAAUCUUCCGAAAUUUCAAAAAAAAUUGCCAUUUUUUCGAGGAUUUCAAAGCCGUUAUUUUUUUCGCGUCGAUCGAUUUUUUUCAUAAUUUUUUCAUUGAUAGAGUUUUGAACGCUUAAUAACAUAAUCAAAAAUAUAGACGCGAUCCUAUUCUCUCAUGCGUCAACGAGGCAGGCGAAAAAAGGAGGUUUUGGUAAAACUCAAAUAUAAUUUGAUUCGCUGUCCCAAUAAUUAUUUUCAUUUUGAAUUUUUAUUCUUGGACACACUGUUAGUUUUUAAAUCAAAUAAAAAGUAUACCAUGUCGCUGAAAUUUUUUUCGCAUUUCAGCUUCAAAGUUUGGUGUCACUUUACAAGCUUUAAUAUUUUUCGCGUCGGUAGAUUUUUUUCAUUUUCACUCAAAAAAAUAAAGAAAGUGUUAAUGUAUAACAUACUAAAAAAAUUUAGAAGCGUUCCUCACUUGGUUUUCUGAAACGCGACGAUUUUGUGAAACUUGUCAGUUUUUUUCGUGUUAAAUCUUACUUUUUUUCGCUUAUUUUUUUGAAAAAAAUACAUAGUUUUAAAAAAAUAUUCAGUCUUGUAGAGCGUUGUCGAUUACAUAGGUUUUCAGAAACAGUUGAUUUUUAAAGUGGGACUUUAGCUAGUAUAAACGCCUCAAAACCGUUUUUGCAACAAAAAAAUCGUCAUUUUGGUGGCGUGAAGGGGCGGGGCUUUGCGCCCCCUAGAUAAAAUAGGGCCAAGAAAUGCCAAACAACUACGAUGGCAAGCCACAUUAUCUAUAGGCUAUAGCUGUGGAAAAUUUUUUUUGCCUUUUGCAUAUCCAAAUAUAUAACUUUUUUUCUAGUCUUCAAGUAAAUAUGAUAGUGACUUUGAGCGCGCUUCACUUCGCGACCGUGCCAUCGGUUUCGAGACAUAGUUAUAGCUGAUUCACGGCUGGCUUGAGCCAUCGAGAAAAGGGUCCUGCCACGAAAAGAGACGAGACAGUGCCCUGGUUGGUGGAGAGUGCAGACAGGCCACGCCUUUUUGCGUCCCAAGCUAGCCGUGAAUCGUCUAUAAAUUGAGCCAAUUACUGAAAAAUUUGUUUGAAAUUGAAAAUAUAGUCUGGAUUUUACAGGAGGACUCCCGUGGCACAAUCAACGUGUGCACCUCGACAUUGCUCGUUGCCGCGAAUGGAAGAUCUAUGCACGACGAGAGACCGGGAAAAGACGGCUGUUUUCAGGCUUGCCAUCUGGCUGGAUCUCCAUCUUCAACUCGAUUAUCGCGCUCAAGUCUGUUCAAAUCGUUCUUCCUAGUUUUUGAGUUUUGAAAUCAACCGCAGCGUUGCGCAAAAAGAAAUCAUAUAGUCCAUUCAUCGCGACUUGACAGUUUUCGAGUGUCUGCGUCUCUCUGCUCCCUCAGCGGCGAGGUCAGAGAAACAUGGAAACAGCGCGUCAACAAGAGAGGGUCCUCGAAAGACGGGGAGGGCGCAGAGAAGUCCCGCCCUUUCAAGUCGCGAUAAACGGACUGUAGCUCGAAAAAAAAGUUUGCGAAGGUAGCAACUAUGCUGAAUCUUUCUUCUAACCUUUGAAUCUUUUUGCGAAUUUACAAGAAUUUCAACGUUCAUAUUGAACUGACGUCCCUUAUGAGACGCAGAAAGCGAAAAAUGAACAAUAUAUUUCGAUUUGAUGAAUAAAAUAGAUCUCAUAUAAAGCAAUGAAAUAAAGAAAGAAAGAAAAACCGUCUAGUGCAUCUGAUACUCCGGACUACAACAAAAUCUCGAGAACUAUAGUUGCGAUGGCCCAACAAAACGGAAUUGAUCUGAGCGUGCCCUUCGACUGGCAGGUACUGAAGCAGCAAAAGUUGGAAUAAUUUGUCGUGGCAGACGAACCCGACAAGCCGGAUGCUGCUCGGACUGACGCCGCUGUCCGAGGAAUUGACUCUGUCCCCGACGCAGACCUUCGACGAGACCCUCGUCUCGGCGCAAUGA